AUGCGUCUACACACUAGCAUUGCUUCUUUAGGAGCACUCCUGCUCCCAUUGACCUCGGCGCAGCCCACCGGGAGCUCCGGGAGUGGCAAUGGAUCAAGCAGUUUAGGACCUGAUGAGAAUGGUUUCUAUUGGAUCUACGGCGAGGGUAUCACAGCCGCGUUCAUUACCUAUGGUGCUUCCGUCGCAAAGCUACUAGUUCACGACCAAUACGGCAUUGAACGAGAUGUUGUAGCCGGUUUCGACAAUGCUACCGCCUACACACUUGAUGCGGCUCACCCUCAUCUCGGUGGUGUACCGGGUCGAUACGCAAACCGUAUUCAGAACAGUACCUUCACAAUUGAUGGCGAAACUUAUCACGUUGACCCCAACGAGAACCCCACCGCAGAUGCUCCAGAUGGCGCCGAUACUCUACACGGUGGCCAUGACGGUUGGGACUACCGGAAUUUCACAGUUGCCUCUCACACAAAUGAUAGCAUAACGUUCACCAUUGUCGACCCCGAUGGAAAGGAAGGUUUCCCUGGAGAGGUUAUUUCUUACAUCACCUACACUCUCGGCAAGCGCACAUGGAACUUUAAGAUGGUGGCUAUUGCAACUACCAAGAAGACACCCAUCAUGCUUAGCAGCCACACGUACUGGAACUUGGAUGGUUAUGCCAACAAUGAGACUAACACUGUCUUGAACCACACUUUCCACCUGCCGUACAGUGGACAACGUGUUGGCGUUGACAACAUUUUGAUCCCGACGGGUGAUAUCUUGGCCAACAAGGAGGGAUCCGUCAACGAUUUCUGGAGUGCGCCCAAGCAAAUUGGAGCUGAUCUUCAGAAGCCUGAGGCUGAUGGCAACUGCGGUUUCAACUGCACUGGUUACGAUACUUGCUGGCUGAUCAACCGAGGCCAGGAGGGCCCCUACGACUGGCGCGCUGAGGGUGGCUACGUCGCCCGUCUGCACUCACCGUGGUCGGGUAUCCAACUCGACGUCUACACAGACCAAGAGGCGUACCAAAUGUACUCCUGCAACGGCCAGAACGCCACCAUGCCCCUCAAGACGACGCAAGGUCUCUUCGACAACGAGGACUUCCCCCGAACUAUUCCUCAGCACGGCUGUCUCGUCAUGGAGGUUGAGGACUGGAUCGACGCUAUCAACCACCCCGAAUGGGGACGCGACAGCAAGCAGAUCUAUGGACCCGGUGGUGACCCUUACGUCCUCCAGGCUAGUUAUGUCUUCAGCAUUAAUACUACAUCGUCUUAG